AAGAACACAUUCAAUAAUGCAUUCAACCGUUUACUCUACUUUCAAAGGAACGCUUUACCAUUCCGACGAUCUGCAGAGAAAGGUACAGUUGAGCUUGAAGCAACACUGCGUCAUCUAAAGGAUGAAGGAUUUUUGUUUUGUUUUGGCAACAGUUUCCAAGUAAUGACUGAAAACAGUAUCAUUGAUAGAAAUAAAAAUCAAUCCGCUUGUUUUUUAUGUUGAAGUUCAAAGACUUUUCCUUGGUAGCUAGGCUGCUUUUGUGAAUAUUCUAUUAGUUUUCUUCGGUUUCCCAGUAUUUGUGUUUGGGAAAGGAUCUUAAACACAUCGCAUUCUUCUCACUAGUCUUUGUGAGUGGUUUGUUAACUAUUGUAAAUACAUCUAGUACAUAAAUCGUUUCUUGGGACACUAUUUAAAAAAAAAAAAAAAGAGAUACAAAUGGCGGAUAUGGAUAUGACGAAUAGAGAUCCCAAUAACCUGAACAGUCAUCUAGGGACCCUCCUUUUUAAUGAUGUAAUCGGCGAGCCGGAUGGUACUCACAGUAUCGACUGCGUUUGGAAGCUAUCGCACACGUGCUUUGAGUGCUGGAAGGGUUGCUGCUACAAAAUAAUGACAUUGUUAUGCGGCUGUUGUAUUGCUGCGGAGUGGGGUUGUGAGUUCGCCUACAUCGCUUUCUGGCAUAUUUGGUACAUCACCCCCAUGUUCAAGGUUCUGGAAAUAAAUUGCGGAGUCUGCCAGCGACUGUAUUCAAUGUGUGUCAACUGCUGCAUGACCCCUGUCUGUGAGGCUUUUGGAGGUAUAUUCCACCAUUUUAAACGGACCUAGCAGGUGCGCUAGUUAACUCCAAGGAUUCGAACUUGAACAUUUUUAUAAAGGUUAAGAACAUUUCUGUGAUCUAAUAUUUUUUGGUCCUUGUUUCUGACUGGAGUUGAUGUUUAUUUAUAAUCAGGAUUUCCCACUAAUGUCUUAUUUCUGUGAUAUUGCCCAGCAAAUAAAUUUUUUUACACUAA